CAUAAGAAUGUACCUGGUGUAUCUCAGCAGAUGAAGUGGCAGGUGUAAAAGUCAUUACAUGAAGGUCCUUCAAGCCGUGAGUAGAAACCACUGAAGUCGUGUUUCUCUGUAAAGGGAACAGGUGUGUGAUUGAGGUUUUGGGUUGAAAGCAGAAAGGAAAGUCAUAUUUAAUAUGAUCAAAGUGUCAGUAAACAGAACGUUCGUCGGGUGCCGAUUCCUGUUUUUUGAUUUAUUCGUUAGUCGCCCCACAUAUUCUGAGUUACCUCUGCGUGAGGACAGUCAACGGUCGAGGUUUGUAGUUGGAAUAACUGUUGUUUAAGCAGUUUUCUCCUUGUUAUCCGUCUGUGAGCCCCAAGCAGAAGUGUGACUUCACGCUCAGUUAUGCGACCGUUUCCUCUAUGAAACUGUACCAACUCCUUGCAUGUCAUAGUAACUUUGCAUGAAACCUUAAAUUCAAGUUUUUUUUUCCACCUCACUUGAUGUGUGCUCCUCUGUGGUGUGAACUCAUUUUGGCUCGUUUCUGUUUUCACAGCAGACCCAGGUUCUAAAUCAGUAAUCGAGUGAAAGCGAUGGAAGCCUGCAGACAUUAUUUGUGGCCGGGAUUUUUUUUCUCCUGUUUUUUUUUUUUUUUAAGAUGACACUACUUCUUUUAUUUAGACGUCCUCCGCUUGCACCAGGGAAGCCCUGAACAAAAGAAGCACAGGGAACGCCAGAGAACGAUUUCUAUAAUUAAUAAGGCGAGGAGGAACCGCAAGAUGUAAAUCAACAUCACAUAACUUGUCAUUAAAAUAUAUAUCGCUCAUUAUACAACUGAUAAAAGGUUUCUGGAUGUUAGUGUCAGGUCCAAAUCUUUAACCAAAUCACCUCAACUGCAGUUUAUCAUAUUUCCAUAAUAAAAAUUUCCUCUAACACAGUUUAUAAAUAGGUGGAUUCACAGUCACAAGCAGUAAAACCAUAAAGUCCCACAGUCUGUUCGGUGGCUGGCUGUUGUUAUUAGUCGACAAUGAGUCAGGACACAGUAUCUGACUCAGCACUUGGGGCUAACAGCAGCACUGAGUGUCGAGUUACGGACCCGUUGCCAUGGCAGUGUUGCUGAGCAGCAUCCGAUAACAUUAAAGACACGUUGAGAUCGGGUUAGACAACCUACCUCAGACCUGCUUGCCUGUGUCACCACUGCAACAGAGCAGAGACGUUUGACCACUUCAGAACCCUGGACAGCGCCUUUGUCCCAGUGAACAGCUCCUGUUCAAAGGUGGAAAGGUGUUGUUGUUGUUGUUUUUUAGAGAUAUUAUACUUUACCUGGAAGAGUAAGAGGCGACUAUGGAUGGAUGCUUCACAAACACUAAGGAACCUCAGGUCACUGCUGUAACCCCGAAAGGCUCCAGUUAGAGGGAUGUUCAGGAAAAUCAAUAAUGCGUUCCGUCCCAACCACCCCGGACACCGAGGGAGGGACGGUGGAGGGUUUCGGUCCGAGCAGGACUACCACAGCGCCUGCACCGUCAGGCUGGUCCGCAGCACCUCCAUGCUCGUGGUGGGAGAGAAAACCCAGGCGGCCGCGGGCUCGACUUUGAAACGCAGCAAAAGCACAGUGAGCAUCGAGUCGACCUUGUACUAUUAUCAGAGACAAGAGGACAGGAUAUGGCUCUACUCUCAGAAUCAGAACUGCCUGGAGUACCUGGAGGCACUCGUGGCUCUGAGGCAGCAGUACACAAAGAGUGUGAGCGACUUAAAGAGUAACGACAUCAAGGCCACGGUGUCCUCCAGGAAGAAGCCUGCGCCUCCGCCGCCCAAUAAGGAAGAAGUGAUACAAAGAGCCAAACCGUCUGCCCCUCCAGUCCCCAGCGAGGAGGACACUCUGCAGUUCUUCGAUGAGGUCAUCGCCAGCUGCGACGAGCCUCUGCGCAAACCUUACAUGGAUGACGGACACGCAGACGUGGAUUUCAUAGUGGCCUCCAGCUCAGCUGAACACGACCUCCACUCGAAUUGGGUCUUGCGGGUCCCCCGGGUCGCAGAUGACUCCACGCAGAAAGCGGUUCGUCCCUGUGCCAAUGAAAGUGUCUCGAAGAAGAAGAAGAAGAAGAAAAGCCAGAGCGGGUCCACGAGCAGCAGACUGCAGCUCCAGAGGAACCCGAUCCACCUGCCCAAAGUGGUGGAGAGCGCUUUCCAGACUCUGCGCUUCAAGCCCAAAUUAAAAAAGCAGUGAAGCCUCUUAAGACAUUUGAAGAGAGCUAUAUCUAGUUUGUUUGGACAGGCACCACUUGUGCAAAAAUAUCCCUUCUGGACGAUGUCAACAUGACAAAUAAUAAGCAUCAUUUUAAUAAAGAAAAUGACCCACUGACAUGAAUCUAAUUCCUGCUGGUCUUGGAGUUGUCACACAAAGAAACGGAGGCAUUACUAGUAUCUCAGGAAGUCAUGAGAGUUACAGGGAGCCAACACUUACGAUACCAGGACCCGGAAAUUGAAGCAGCAAUUUCAUCAUUAACUCCACCAAGGAGGUUCAGUUUGCUAGCAGGAGUACUCAAAAAUUAGGGAUAUGCAUGUGAAUUUUAUUAGACACCAGAUCUUGGAAUUUCUAGAAGGUGAAACUGCAUAAAGGCGGGGGAUUGCUCAGUGCUCUUGUUUACAAUUGUGCUUUUCCCCCCGUGUCAGAUCGAAAGGCCUCAGAGAAAAAGGCCUGUCUAGUAUCAUUUGUUUCAAAGAUUUCAUUAACAGUUGCAGAUCAUUCACUAUAACCCCAAUCUAUAUCAGAUUGAUAUAGAUGCCACUGUAAGUGUA